AUGAAGGAGGGCGACGGCAAGGAGGUGGCGGACGGCCGACUUCAGAAGCUGGAGAUCCUGGAGUCCGUGCUGCACCAGUACCAGGAACCGCAGUUCAAGAUCAUGGGCAACAUACUGCUGGAGAUCCAGCGGCACAAGAUGUACUCCCUGCGGGGCUGCAAGAACCUGAGGGAGUACGUCCUGAAGCACCACACCUUCCAGUGGCGCAGUGCGCGGCGGUACAUGAACGCCGUGCGCGUGAUGGACUUCCUGUCCGGCCGCCAGAAGGCGCUCCCGACCAGCGAGAAGCAGGUGCGGUGCCUCGCGCUGUGCUCCAAGGAGGAGGUGAAUGCCAUUUGGGCCAAGGCGGUGGAGAUUGCGGAGGCCCAAGGGCUCCAGAUCACCGCCAAUCUCGUGAAGAGCAUCAAGAUUCAGAUCUGCCAGGAGGUGGACAACAAGCAGUCCUCCCGCGGCCCUCGACCUUGGCAGGAUGAGUAUGUGCAGCUGGGCGGCAAGCGAGGGCCAAGCGGCAGCGCGGGAGACCCCCUGGACAACAGUUGGGAACUCGCAGGCUCGUCUUCUGAUGAAGAUGGGGACUCCGAGCAGGUGGCAGUCUGCCUGGCUCACUGCCCCACUGACUUGAAGCUCAAAUGGGGCCGCAAGCGGAGCAGGCACCACGGCUACGCCCGGACGGCCUCCUCCGUCCCCGGGGCCAAGGCAGCCGACCCCCAGACGCCCGCCGCCCCUCCCUCCGCCGUCCCCACCGCCUCCCUCCAGCCGCCCACGCCGGCCGUCCACCCCUCCGUGCCCUGCCAGGCCCAGGGCCACGCCGCCAUGGCCUACCCGUCCAUCCCCCUCCCCCCCGCGGGGCCCCUGGCCAUGUCCGACCCACCCCAGGCUUCAUCAGCCCCGGCCGUCGCAGCCGCGGAUCCCGGCGUGUCGGUGCCUCUGCCGGUUCCCGUGGCGUCCCUCGGGCCGCAGCACCUGGUCCCGGGGGCCUACGUGCCGGGGCCGCCCGGCGUGGAGGCCGCGGCGAUGGACCUGAUCAGCAUGCGGCAGGGGAUGGGGCCGCCGACGGCCAGCCUGGCCGCGGCGGACGUCGUGGCGCUCGGAGAGGGUGGCGGGGCGGGCGGGGGCGGAGGGCGCUGA